AUGUCGCCUCACCCCGACGACCACUAUAACGAAACUUCCACACCCGGAGCUGAAGUCUCUUUCGACGACGCCGUCAAGACCGCUGCGCUCCAGAUCAAGCCCAACCGUAUCCUCUACACCAGCGUUCUGCUCGCUCUGCUGCAGCCCUUCCAGAGCGGAUGGUCGACCUCGCAGCUCAAUCUUUCCGACUACAACAACACUGACGAGUGCAAUGCCCGUCCCGUCGUCGAAGGCACAUGCACGCUCUUCAGCGGUCACUCUAAGCUCGAGUGGACCUUCGCAGUCAACGCCUGGAUCUUCGGUGCCAUGGUCGCACCGCGUGCGGCAAAGCCUCCAUACAUGUACCCCCAUGUCAAGACAACUUCAGCACCUGAAGUUCAGGAGCAGUUUUUGCCGGAGCAAAGGCUGGAGGCUGAAGUCUCUUCUUCGCAAUAA